AUGCCCAUACACUCCCCCCGGUCACCGCACAACAUGGGUUUCGUGCCGCUUUCCACAUCCCACUCCAACAAUUACCAAGAGAGCGGGAUUCCUCUCACCAACGUACGGAGCAAGGCCAGCUCUACCGGAGUGCGAUCCGCAAACCAAGGAGCUUUCCAAAACGUCGACAUGAGUGAUGGGAAUGGGACGGGCGAGAAGCAGGGACUCUUCAGCCGACAUGGUGCCGCUGGCCGGAGGAGGCAGCCGAAGGGCAUCAAGCGGCACGACACCGAUCCGGUUUCCGUGAACGCCAUGGGCAGGCUCUACAACAAAAUCGUCGGCUUCUCGGUUGUCACUCGAUACCUCGUCUAUGUCCUCCCAAUCGCCCUCUUGCUCGGUGUUCCACUCGUUCUCCUACCUAUCACCGGAGACGAGCCGGACGACGGGCGCGAUAGGAAGGAUCGCAUAACCCUCGGUGAUGUCAAGGAUGACGACGGCAAUACCAUACACGGCCCCAGCUUGUUCAAACUGUUCCUCUGGAUCGAGAUCUCCUGGUUGACCCUCUGGGCCGGCAAGCUGGUUGCCCAACUACUUCCUCCCAUUUUCAUGUUCUUCUGCGGCGUCGUCAGCUCGGGCACCCGGAAAUACGCCACUGUCCUGCGCGCGCUGGAGAUACCUCUGUCGCUCUUCUUCUGGGCGCUCGCCAGCUGGCUCGUCUUCACCUUCUUCUUCCCGAAUGAUCGGUUCGGCUGGGUCCUCAACCUCAAGAGGGUCCUUCUCGCCCUCUUCAUCUCGUCUGCCGUCCUCCUGGCGGAGAAAACCAUCGUGCAGCUCAUUAGCAUCACGUAUCACCAGCGGUCCUUCGCCAAUCGUAUCAAGCACUCCAAGCGUGAGGUCUAUCUCGUGGGUCUCAUGUACGACGCUUCGCGGAAGCUCUUCCCCAUGUACUGCCCUGAAUUCUCGGACGAGGACUACAUCAUCAACGAUAGUAUCGAUAUGAUCCUCGCCCGGUCUAAGGGCGGCCAUAAGAGGGGUGGUUCUGUCAACCCGAUGAAGCUGAUCGGUGACGUCGGGCGCUUCGGCGACAAACUUACCUCGGUGUUUGGAAACAUUGCGUCCGAGAUCACCGGCAAGCAAGUCUUCAACCCGAAUUCCGCACAUUCCAUCGUUGUAGAGGCCCUCGAAAAGGUACGCAGCUCGGAAGCCAUGGCUCGUCGGAUCUGGAUGUCGUUUGUGGUCGAGGACAGGGACUCCCUGUCCGUUGACGACAUCAUCGAGGUGCUCGGGCCGGACUUCAAGGAGGAAGCUGAGGAGUGCUUUGCUGCCAUCGAUGCGGACCAGAACGGCGACAUCAGCCUGGAGGAGAUGGUCCGGAAGAUUGUCGAAAUUGGCAAGGAGAGGAAGGCCAUUGCACACAGCAUGAAGGAUAUCAGUCAGGCGCUGGCCGUUUUCGACAGAAUACUUCUCUUCGUUGUCGCCCUGAUUGUCAUCUUGAUCUUCCUUGCCUGCUUCCAGAGCAGCUUCAUCACGACCCUUACUACUGCUGGAACGGCCCUGCUUUCGAUAUCCUUCGUCUUCGCCGUCACGGCUCAGGAGUUCCUGGGCUCUUGCAUCUUCCUUUUUGUCAAGCAUCCCUUCGAUGUUGCCGACCGUGUCGACAUCCAGGGCCCCGAUAAGCAGCAGCUCAUCGUCGAGAAGAUCUCCCUCUUGUACACCGUCUUCACCCGCAUCGACAAGAUGCAGAUUGUCCAGGUCCCGAAUAUCCAGCUGAACAACCUUUGGAUCGAGAAUGUCACGCGGAGCAAUGCCAUGAGGGAAAUCAUCGAGAUCAACGUCUCGUACGACACGUCCUUCGAGGACCUGGAGCUGCUCCGAGUCGAGAUGGAGAAGUUUGUUCGCGCGCCCGAAAAUGCUCGCGACUUCCAGCCAGACAUCAACAUCAACGUCGGCGGUGUCGGUGACCUUGACAAACUGAACCUCAAGGUAGCAAUCAAGCACAAGUCCAACUGGCACAACGACACCGUCCGCGCCACCCGCCGUUCCAAGUUCAUGUGUGCGCUCGCCCUGGCCAUCAAGCGUAUCCCCAUCUACGCUCCGGGCGGCGGUGGUGACGCCCUGGGCGGACCCUCGAACCCGGCAUACAGCGUCGCCGUCACGGACGCGUUCGCCUCCGAGGCCCGCUCGAGGUCGACCGAGAACAAGGAGGCGGCGCGGAUGGUCCCCUCCGCCAGCGCCAAAUCCGCUGACGUCGAGAACGUCGAGCAGACGGCGGCCGCAGACCUGAACCAGCGCAACGCGCUGGCCGAGGCCGUCGACGAGUGGGGCUACGACAACACGCUCAACUCGCGCGACGUCUCGUCCGAGCGGCGGCAGAACGACGUCGACUCGAUGCGCCGCGACAUGCAGUCGUUCAACCGCGAGAGCCAGCGCGGCCGCCGCAAGGCCGGAGAAGGCCUCCCCGCGGCGGCCUUG